UGCACAUCAUGCACCACAUUUUCUGAGACUACGUAUAUCACUUUGAAAAUUUGUUACCACCGUCUUUCAAAAUACGUAUUUAAAUUCACACUCCAUGUGGCUUUUUUCGUAAAAAAAAGUACCGAAAAACGGGUUCAAAAAACACGAAAAGAAAUUUCACGUUCGCACAUUCGUCUUCACUGUAAAGUAAUAUGAACACAUAAAAAUGUCAGGGGAAUUUCACAAAUCAGUCGAAGACGUUGAACUUCCACCAGAGACCAAAGUUGAGGAAGAUGUUCACAGUGAUUCCCUCUGCUGUGACCUCUGCAAUGUUAAAGUUACAAGUGCCAAAAUUCUCCAGCGGCACUUGGAGGGACGAAGGCACAAGAUGAAGGCCGAACGAAAGGGGAAAACCUUUAUUUGUGAAAUGUGUGAUGUCGUUGCAAACAGCGAAAUUCAGCUCAAUAUUCAUCUCAACAGUAUUAAACAUAAAAAUAAACUGGUGAAAAAAGAACAAAGCGAAUUCACAUCGACCGCUACUAGCAGGGCCGGACUGUGGAUAUUGCUCUUUUGUGUCGUUUGUAUUUUUAUUAAUUUGUUACUGUUGUUUAAAGUGAUUUGCAAUUAG